AUGUUGAAGGAACGGGACGACCAAGAUCAGGAGAUAUGCAAAGCACCGUCACCAUCGUCGACGGAAGACAGAAAACUGCAGGAUUCGGAUGCGGAUCCCGUUGGUUCCCAGCGCGUGUACAAGAAAACUUCCUCCAACCAACUGCUAACGCUGUACCUCGGCAGCCGGGAGCUGGUGGCACGAAAGGGUGUGAUCGAACCACUCAAGGGCGUGCUUUACAUCGAUUCGAAAAUCAUCAACGAGGCUAAAAUUUACGGACAGCUAACACUGACGUUCCGGUACGGACGCGAGGAUGAGGAAGUUAUGGGACUAAAGUUCUGCAAUGAAGCCGUCAUUGCCCUGCAGCAAUUUUGGCCAAGACCUGUCAGUGCCGAAGCGGAUUCGUUGACACCCCUUCAGGAAGCGCUGCUUGAGCGACUGGGCAAAAAUGCGGUUCCCUUCGCGCUGGAAAUUGGAACGCUGGCCCCGCCAAGCGUGCAGCUUUUACCGGCCAAACGGUACACCGGAGCACCCAUCGGUACCAGCUAUGACGUUCGCGUCUACACAGCCGAAACAUCCGGUGACGAACGUGUCCAGCGGAGAUCAACUGUGAGAUUAGGUAUAAGAUUAAUCCAUAAGAUCUGCCUUGAUAGUACCAAAGCACCGGCCGCACUCGAAACGGCCACCGUCAACAACUCGUACAGCGAGCCGGGUACGGCCGGUCCGAAAAGCCCACCGGCCCUGGCACCGCAAGCAUCGAUCGGAACGGGCGGCUCAGGCACGGACAGUAACGCCAACACGACCACCAUUCCUCGGGCGCUUCGGUUACGACUGUCACCGAAGUCGCUCAAGCUGUCCUCACUUCACCGCCACAGCAGCAGCGUGGACAGCACGAACGGUGGCAUCAAGUCGUACGGCGAUCAUGCCAUCAUCGAGCUGACGGAGACGAACAAGGGCCCGCAAGUGUCCGUUGAUAAGCCGUUCCUGUGGGCGGAUGGACGCGUCAACCUGAAGGCUUCACUCAACAAAGCGGCCUACGUGCACGGGGAAAACGUUACCGUCACGCUCGACAUCAAGAACGACAGCCGAAAAAUUGUGCGGAAAAUUCGGCUGGUCGCCGUACAGCACGUGGACGUGUGCAUGUUCAGCAAUGGCAAGUUCAAAAACAUCGUCGCGGAGGUGGACGUCAGCAAACACAUCGGUCCGGGCGAUACGCUCCACGCGUCCUACUCGCUGCUUCCGGUUCGAGGCACCACCAAAAACUGGAUCGCUGUGGAAGGUGCCUUAUUUAGCAGCAACAGUGCCGAUCCGAGCUCGUCCGCCUACAACUCCAAGCUGGCAACGAGCGCCCCGCGCGGUAUGCUGUCCGCAUCCGCCACCUCGACCGAGGAGAAGAACGUGUUUGCCAUCUACGUGUCGUACUACGUCAAGGUGAAGCUAAUACUCAGCAGCAUGGGCGGCGAGGUAUCGCUCAAGCUUCCGUUUGUGCUCGGCAAUGUGGAGCUCAGCAAUCCGGACACCACGAAACCACCGGACACGUUGAGCGGUCUCAAGAAGCUGCGCGAGCUGCGCCGCAAGUCGUCCGCCAUCGCCACGAACGGAGGCGUUGGGGGAAGCUUGGACUUUACGCCCUGCCGGUCUCCGCUGUCCAAGGAGCUGAGUUUGCGGGAUGUCGACGAACCUGCGGAGGAUGAGAUGACGACGCUCGGCGAUCGGGUGCGCAACCUCAACCAGCACAAUCAAACCACGGUCGGUCAUCGGACCGCUUCGCCGACGGCCGGUGUGGCAGCGGUCGGUGGUGGUGAAGAACAGGCAACCAUCAACAGCCGCCGGGAGUUGUUCAAGAACUCCAAGUUCAACGACAACCUGAGCAGUACAAUCGACAUCAUCACCGAGGACUUCCAGACGAUAACGGCCAACAUCUCCAACCUGAUCACCAAGUCCGACUCGAGCAAGUCGAACCUGAACGAGGCUGGUGUCUCCUGCAAUCAGGAGAUCAGUGUCGAAGCUCAAAUACACUGUCCACAGUCGGUCAGUGACUCGGCAACGGAGGACGGCCCUGCGGCUAUUUCUCCGCAACGAUCUCCCCAGCGAUCCCCCCAACGGGUGGAGCAUUGA